AUGUCGCAUUCCAUAGCCUAUGGUCAGCUUCGAGUUCUCACCGCAGACCAGGGCGUCUACGUCUUUCCGUCAGAUGAGAAGAGGAAAGAGCUCGGUCUAGGUCCAGUGCAAGAGAAUGAGGUUGCAGAGAUAAGGGUCAUCCGAGACACCUUUUGGUUGAGAUUGGUCACUUUGGGUGACCUCGGAUUCGCAGAAGCGUACAUGGCGGGAGAUUGUGAGGUGUCCGACUUGGUCCAAGUGUUCAAGAUCUUUAUCCGAUCUCGGCCCGCCCUUCAAGCCGCUAAGAGCAACAUCUCAGGCGUUUCGACCAUUCCUUCUCGGAUCUUCUCCCUCGUGACCUCCCUGACUAAUUCACGAUUCGCCAACACCCUGUCCAACUCGAUGUCAAACAUUCGGGCGCACUAUGACCUCUCCAAUGGCAUGUUCUCAUCCUUCCUCAGUGAAGACAUGACCUACUCAUGUGCCAUCUUCCCGGAACUCGAUGCCGAUCUCCGAGAAGCUGGAAAAUCAAGUAUGGGAGAGCUGAACGGUGCUCUGGGUCUGACGAGAAUCACCAACGGUCACCCUUCAACGCCUCAGAAGAAGAAGAGCACGAGCAAGGUGGAAGAUACAGAGGGGGAUGAGCUUUACGAGGCUCAGAUUGCCAAAUUAAGACACAUCAUCAAAAAGGCCGAUAUCCGAGCAGGACACCGUGUUCUCGAGAUUGGGAGUGGGUGGGGAUCUAUGGCUAUCGAGACCGUUCGGAUGACUGGUUGCACCGUUGACACGCUUACUCUGUCUAUCGAGCAGAAGAAAUUGGCCGAGGACAGGAUCAAGGCAGCUGGGCUCGCAGGCCGAAUCAGAGUAUGGUUGAUGGACUACAGAGCCACGCCCGAGAGCUGGAAGGGAGCUUUUGACCGUGUCGUGUCGAUCGAAAUGCUAGAGGCGGUGGGCAAAGACUUCAUCGCGGGUUACUUUGGUGUCAUCGAUUCAGUCUUGAACCAGAACGGGGCGGCCUGUGUCCAGGUCAUCACGAUCCCAGAAUCGAGAUUCGAUGCAUACCAACAAGAGGUCGACUUUAUCCGAAAAUGGAUCUUCCCAGGUGGUUUCCUACCAACUGUCUCGUUCACCGUGGAUGCGAUUCACAAAGGUGCGCACAACAAUCUUGUGGUAGACAGCAUUUCAAACAUCGGACCACACUAUGCUCGGACGCUUCGAGAGUGGCGCCGUCGAUUCUUGGCCUCCUUCAACGAUCGUAUAGGUCCCGCUAUGCGUGCUGAGCAUCCCGAAAUGACAGAUGCGGAUAUCGAGGUGUUCAAGCGAAAGUGGAUCUACUAUUUCUGCUACUGCGAAGUUGGGUUCUCGGAACGCGUGCUGGGUGACCAUAUCAUCACCAUGGUACGAGAGGGAAGUUCAGAGUAUGGAUGCAACGUCUACGACUAG